AUGAGGCGCCCCGUGAGCGCGAAGACUCGUCUUCAAUUGACUCUGCGCUACUUGGCAUCUGGGGAAUCCCAGUACUCGCUGAGCCGACAAUUUCGCGUCGGCCACAGCACUGUGAACGGAAUCAUCCACAGCACGUGUGCCGCCAUUUACGAUGUACUGAAGGGUGACAUGCUGGUAGCACCAAACUGUGAGCAGGCCUGGUUGGACUUGGCUCAGCACUUCAACAAUCGGUGGCAGUUUCCAAACUGCGUGGGCGGCAUUGAUGGAAAACACGUCGUCAUUGUAAGACCUGCGAAGUCAGGAACACUGUACUACAACUACAAAAAAACGUACAGUGUUAUCCUUUUUGCACUUGUCGACGCCGACUGCAAGUUUGCGUAUAUUGAUGUCGGGACGCCCGGCUCCAAGGGAGAUGGUGCGAUCUGGCAGACCACCCCCCUGCAGAAAGCAAUCACGGAAAAGAGAUCGGGGCUACCUGACAUGAUUAGCAUGAACGCCUCAUCUACCCUCCAGCUUCCCCCUGUGAUCGUGGGUGAUGACGCAUUCCCACUAUCCCCGAACCUCAUGAAGCCAUUUGGUGGGAGCGACCUUUCAAAGGCACAAAAAAUUUUCAAUUAUCGGUUGUCCAGGGCACGUCGUGUGGCAGAGAACGCAUUCGGUAUAUUGGCGCACAGAUUUCGCUUCCUCUUAACUACUGUGCACGCUACACCGGAGAGGGUGAGCACAAUGGUGAAAGCAGCAUGUGUCUUGCACAAUCUCUUGAAGAGACGCCAGGUCGAACAACCCGAGACAAGCAAAGGAACCGCUCCCGAGAAAACUUUUUUCGGCCUGGAGUCUUCGAAAUCUCGAGCUGGAGCUCUUGCUGCAGCAGUGCGAGAAAGGCUCUGCGAAUAUUUCAGUGGAGAAGGUGCCGUGCCUUGGCAGGACAAACUCGCUGGCAUUGACAUUAGCCACCUUAGGAGGAAUGUGACAUAG